AUGUCGACCCAAUCUUCUCAUCCUCCCACGCCCAAGGGCGCACGCAACGGCAACAACCAGAACAACAACAACAACAGACGCUCCAAGAAGAAUAACAACAACAACAACUCUACUCCAAAGCUUCAGAAAGUCGCCAUGUUGAGCACGCCACCCUCCUCCCCGCCCCGCAACAUGAGCCCGGGUGUCGCGACCGACUCGUCCGUGAACAAGAAGAAGCCGCCACGCUCAGGCAAGAAGCCGGCCAACGGUUAUCGUGCAUCGCCCGCUGCUCCCAACGGUGGAAAUGGACACCAACGACAGAAGUCUCAGCCCAACAACACGCCUGCAAAAGACCCUGCCUACGCUGGUCCAACCUUCCAUGCUUCGCCUGCCCCGUCGGCCCUGCCAAUGCCAAGCUUCUUCUCCAAGUCGUAUCCCGAAUCGGAUCUCCCAACUCAUCUUGAAACCGACAGCGAUACUGCAGACAAUGAGACCGGCCUUGACAUGACUCCCUCGAAGCCGCGCGCAGCUCGUCCUCAGGCCCAGCCUCAACCCCAGCCGCAGUCUCAGUCGCAGCCGGCGGUCGAGCACAAGCCUUCGCCUAUUGAUUUCCUGUUCGAAGCUGCUAAACGGGCGCGCGGUCCGGAGUCCAAUCCGAUGGGUAGUCCUGAGCCUGCAUCUCGUAUUCGUUCCCCGCAAACCGACUCCAAGGCUAUGCAUUCGAACAACACCCCGGGCGGCGGCAUGUUCGCAUUCGAAAUGGAGACUCCCGAGCGUGCACAGAUCGGCCCCUCUUUUGCAACCUCCUACCAGGACCGCAUGAAUGCCUUGCGUACGCACGGUUCUCCUCAGCAGCCUUUGCAGUCCCAGUCGCAGCCUUCUCUUCACGAAACUGAAGAGCAACGCCGUCUCAAGACUGCCGAACUGAAGCACCUUCUCUUGAACCCGCGUCCGCAGAAGCCACCGUCCUCAAUCUCUCCCCCUCAUGGGAACCAGUACGGACCGUAUGCUCCUCCCAUCAACGGGAAUAUCCCCCACUACGCGACUCCGAUGCGGGCCAACUCCGGUCCACCCUCUGCUCACGGUCCCUCUCAUCCCCCGCCCAUGUCGGCUAUGCCUACUUCUGCCGGCAACAGCUACGCUGGAAACAAUUACUCCGGUAACAACGUCAACCACCCGUACGGCUACACGAACAACUCGCAGAACUUGAACUUCCGCAGCAUGAACUCGCCUUUGCGCCGUGAGGUCCCACACCACUCGGCUGGCGCUUCGCCGGCUCCGGCUCCUGGCUACAGUCAGUACUACAAUACGCCACCUCCCACGUCGGACCAGAUGCAGAACGGAUACAUCUCGCCUCAGCCGCAAUACACUCAUACUGCUUUCUCCAUGCCUACGCAUUCGCCUUCGCCUUCCAAGGUUGUUGAGACCAAGCAAAUGGAGGACGAUCUGCGCCGGGUGUUGAAGAUCGGUGGAACCAGCUUGCCGGGUAUGCAGAGUCCGUUUGCUGCUUGA